UGUCUGGUGGAGGAGGAGCCCGAGACCCGGGAGCAGCGGCUCUGGCGGUGGUGGCGGUCGGAGGUCUGAGAGCUCUGCCCCUCUGAAAAACGUGCUGUUGUCCCUACAGGGUCUACACCUGACAGUCACUGGAAUGCUCCUCCAGGCCUUAGAAGAAAGUGAAACUAAUUUUAAAGAUCCCUUGUCCCUUCUGUUACCUGUCUGCUGACGUGAAAAUAGAUCUUCCUGCUCCUUCAUGCUGAACUGAUUUUGACUUUCCCAGCUCAAAAGCACAAGUGCAGGGAGCAGGAACCUUUCCACCCAAGCCCCAGCUCUAUUGGAAACCUUCCUAAACCAGAGCAAUGGGUCAGGAAUCUAGCAAGCCCGUAUGGCCCAAACCAGCAGGAGGGUAUCAGUCCAAUACAGGCAGGAGGUAUGGAAGAAGGCAUGCUUAUGUCAGUUUCAGGCCAUCCACGAGCCAGCAGGAAAGGAUUGCCAGCCAGAGAAAGACGACAUCCGAAGUCCCAAUGCACAGAUCAGCCCCCAGUCAAACCACCAAGAGGAGCCGAUCACCAUUUGCCACCACUCGUCGUAGUUGGGACGACUGUGAGAGUUCGGGAACCAGCCUGAAUGUUGAUAAUGAGGACUAUUCCAGGUAUCCGCCAAGAGAGUACAGGGCUUCGGGUGGCAGAAGAGGAAUGGCUUAUGGACAUAUUGACACUUUGGGGGCAGAUGAUAGUGAGGAGGAGGGGGCUGGGCCUGUUGAGCGACCGCCAGUGAGAGGGAAAGCUGGCAAGUUUAAGGAUGAUAAGCUGUAUGACCCAGAAAAAGGGGCAAGGUCUGUGGCUGGGGUGCCUCCCCAGUUCUCUGGUUUUAACUGUGAUGUGAGAGAGGAGCUUGACAAGUUAGACCCAGCCCCUGUGGCGAGAUGCUCUGCUAGCCCAGCAGAGUUCCGGAAGCCGACUAGCAUGGGCUCUCAGAUGUCUUCUGCUGAAGGCAAGGUGACAACUGGUGACAGUUUGGAGAGGGAGAGAAGGGGGCAGAACUUGACUGCACGUCCCAGUAGGGCUCCUGUGAGUAUUUGUGGUGGUGGGGGAAACCCCUCAAAGAGUGCAGAGGAACCGGUGGUGAGGCCCAAAGUCCGAAAUCUGGCAAGUCCAAACUGCGUGAAACCAAAAAUAUUUUUUGAUACUGAUGAUGAUGAUGAUAUGCCACACAGUACUUCCAGGUGGAGGGAUGCUGUCAAUGCUGAUGAUGGCCACUCGGAUGGCCUGGCAAGGAGAGGCAGAGGCGAGAGUUCAAGUGGCUACUGUGAGCCGAAGUACUCUGAAGACAAGAGGGAAGCCAGGAACGACCAAGUGAAACCAGAGAAGGUGCCGAGGAGGCGUCGGACCAUGGCGGACCCCGACUUCUGGACAUAUAGUGAUGAUUACUACAAAUACUGUGAUGAAGACUCUGACAGCGACAAAGAGUGGAUCGCUGCCCUGCGCCGGAAGUACCGAAAUCGAGAGCAAACGCUGUCCUCCAGCGGAGAAAGCUGGGAGACCCUGCCAGGAAAGGAAGACCGAGAACCUCAGCAAGCCAGAGUGAGUGGAAGUGUCACCGACACCAGCCCAAGCCUUGGGACCGGAGCCAGUGCCGUUGCUGGAGCCAGCGCCACUGCCGGAGCCAGCGCCAUUGCUGGAGCCAGUGCCGUUGCCGGUGCUGGUGCCGGCGCCAGCGUCAGUGCAGAUGUUGUGAGCAAUGGCAGUAGCUAUCUUGAGGAAGCUCAAGGGCCACCGUUGCAGGAAGAGGAGCAAACAUCCCUGGAAGAAGGAGAAAUUCCCUGGCUCCAGUACAAUGAGAACGAGAGCAGCAGUGAGGGAGACAACGACUCUGGGCAGGAGCUGAUGCAGCCGGGGGUGUUCGUGCUGGAUGGCAACAACAACCUCGAAGAUGACUCCAGCGUCAGCGAAGACCUCGAAGUGGAUUGGAGCCUCUUUGAUGGAUUUGCCGAUGGGUUAGGAGUGGCCGAAGCCAUUUCCUAUGUGGAUCCUCAGUUCCUCACCUACAUGGCACUUGAGGAACGCCUGGCACAGGCAAUGGAGACUGCUUUGGCACACCUGGAGUCUCUCGCAGUGGAUGUCGAGGUGGCCAAUCCACCGGCCAGCAAGGAGAGCAUCGACGCUCUUCCCGAGAUCCUGGUCACUGAAGAUCAUGGUGCAGUUGGCCAAGAGAUGUGCUGUCCUAUCUGCUGCAGUGAAUAUGUGAAGGGGGAAGUGGCGACCGAGCUUCCAUGCCACCACUAUUUCCACAAGCCCUGCGUGUCCAUCUGGCUUCAGAAGUCAGGCACAUGCCCUGUGUGCCGCUGCAUGUUCCCUCCUCCACUCUAAAGACCAAGGCUUAUUUUUACUCCUGGUCUGUUUAUUUUCCCCGUACCUGAAACCCACAAUACUGCAGGAGCCCUCUGAAAAUUAAUAAUGAAAAUGAAACCAUUUGGUCAGUUAGACUAAA